AUGCAAAAUUUGUUAAUUAGAAGGAACUUUCGUUCUACCCCAAGGAUCAAACCCAAUGAUCAAAGAGAAAACAUCUUCCAAACCAAAUGUAAAAUCAAGAACCAAAUUUGUGACUUAAUCAUAGAUGGGGGGAGUGAAACUAAUUGUGUUAGCAAGGAUUUAGUUCAGACCUUGGACUUAGAAACUAAGCCACACCCACACCCUUAUAAGCUGAAAUGGUUGGAUAGCAAAGCUAGUGGUUAUGUGAAGAAGAGAUGCUUGAUUCAGUUUGCUAUAGGGUCAUUCAAGGAUAGAGUGCUUUGUGAUGUGCUAGACAUCACUGCUUGUCAUGUGCUCUUAGGCAGACCCUGGCAACAUGACAGAAGGACCUUACAUGAUGGUUACACUAAUGUUUACACUCUGAGACAUGAGGGAAAACUUAAGGACCUUAUACCCCUACCACCCCACAGAAUUUUGCCUCCACAGAAACCAGCAGGCAGUGACCCCACUUUACCUUCACAGAAGCCACUAGGCACUUUACUUCCACAGAGACCUGUAGGUAGUGUGUCCUUGAUAAACAGAAAGGUGAGUUUUAAGGAGAUCAAGAGAGAAGGACUAGCCUUUCUCUUGUUUAGUAAAGAAAUUAAACGGGAAGGUAGUCAGCCAGAUACUAGGAUCACUAACUUGUUGAAACAAUUUGCUGAUGUCUUUCCAACAGAGUUACCAGUUGGAUUACCUCCAAUAAGGGGUAUUGAGCAUCAAAUUCAUCUCAUACCAGGAGCAGCAUUACCCAAUAAACCUGCAUAUAGAACUAGCCCUGAGGAAACCAAGGAGUUACAAAGUCAAAUUUAG